GUUUUCACAGCAUCAAAAGCAUUACGCAUUUACAAAAGCAACCAAAAGACUAAUCAUGGCUGUUACAAGAGCACAGUCGGCGAAUAUAGCAAAUAUGCUUCAACAGAACGUCAAAAUAGCGAUCAACAAAGAAAAUCCAGACUUGAAGGCCCUGACGACGAAAACAAAUGGCGUUGGUUUGGUCGCACGCCCAGUGUCACAUGCUGGACAAAGAUCAGCCCUUGGGGACAUUCGCAACAAAGUGUCUGCCAUAUCAAUAGACCCAAGCAAAAAACAAACUGCCAUAAAAAAAGAAAUUGUUCAAUUAUCAAACAAACUGCAAUCUCAACAAUCAUUGGUGCUAAACAAAACAAAAGCCACAUCUUCCCUAAAAUCAUUAAUAGAGACGCAAACAGACUACGCCAAUGUUCAUCUGGAUGCAGAAGAACCUGUUCACAAGCCAGAACCAAAGAUUCCAGAAGUAUUACGGUCAAUGCCAUCACAACCAUCCACAGUAUCCUUGUUGCCGGUUGCUUCAGUACCAGAAUGUAUGGACAUCAGUGAUGACAAACCAGAAGCAUUCUCUAAAGCCUUGCUCAAGGUGCAAGAUAUUGAUGCGAACGACAAAGAAAACCCACAGCUAGUCAGUGAAUAUGUCAACGACAUCUACAACUAUAUGAGGCAUUUAGAGGAGAAGUACAUGGUACGACCAAACUACCUUGAAGGACAGGAAGUUUCAGGCAAGAUGCGAGCCAUUCUCAUUGACUGGCUAUGUCAAGUUCAUCACAGAUUCCAUCUCCUUCAGGAAACCCUCUACCUCACAGUAGCCAUCAUAGACAGAUUCCUACAGUUGUGUCCUGUUCCCAGGAAUAAACUUCAAUUAGUGGGAGUAACCUGUAUGUUAAUAGCAUCAAAAUAUGAGGAAAUGUAUGCUCCAGAAUUAGCGGACUUUGUUUAUAUUACGGACAAUGCUUAUCAAAAGAAAGACAUUCGGGACAUGGAAGCCAAAAUUCUCAGGGCAUUAGAUUUCAAUAUGGGGAAACCUCUGUGUUUACAUUUUCUGCGACGGGAUUCUAAAGCAGGACAGGUUGAUGCCAUGAAACACACACUCGCCAAAUACCUGAUGGAGUUGACCAUUGUAGAAUACGACAUGGUGCAUUAUAAUCCCUCAGAAAUUGCUGCUGGUGCCCUCUGUCUUUCUAUGUUGCUUCUCGAUGGCAGCAAAUGGACGGACACGUUAAGUCACUACAGUUCUUACACAGAAAAGGACCUGAUGCCCAUGGUCCAUAAAUUAUCAACUCUAGUCAUCAAAGCAGACAAAAGCAAACUCACAGCGGUAAGAACAAAAUAUGCUAGUUCAAAGUUCAACAAAAUCAGCACCAUCUCAGAACUACAGUCUCAAACAUUGAUAGACUUGUCAACAGCUGCAGAGACUGCAUCCUGAGGCAGUGUUGUCAGAAAUCAUUCCCCAUAUGAGCAUUUCCUGUGAUGUACUUCGGUGCGGCAUGAACAGACACUUGCAAUAAG